AUACAAUUAUAUGACAUAUAUUCAUGGAAGUUGUUACAUUCUUAAUUUGAUGUAACUAUUUAUAUGACAUGUAGCUUCAAGAAAAUGAGGUUAGCAAUGCCUCCGCACAACAAAAAAAGGAGGUUAGCAACGCCUCCGCACGGGUAAAAAGUUCUGGUGCUAAGAAGAUCGUAGCUAGGAAAAAAACUACCACCAAGUAUAGGUCGUGCCUCAGGACAUUUCUAGAGAUGACCGAUAUACCGACCGGAGGUGUUCGGACCCUACAUAUGGAGGUAGGGAUUUUCGGCUUUGAUUACGACCAAAUGAUUGGUAAUGAAGACUUCAUGCAAGUUUUUAGUCAUGAAGAAAUCGGCGUCAACGUUGUCAAUACAUAUAUUAGGUUUUUGUAUGACAAAUUGAUGCGCCCCAAUGGUUUGGACGUGUCAUUCGGAUUCUUAGCACCCGCGACCGUCAACUUAGUUUUAAUCUUAAAUAGACCGGAUACCGUGACGGAGUACGUUCUUCGGAUCCUCAUGGACAAUAAAGAUGCGGAGAAGUUGUUUUUUAUACCGUUUAAUACCGGUGGACAUUGGUUGUUGCUCGCAAUCAAUCCUAUCCGAGAAAUUGUGUAUUAUCUUGACUCGUUAGGAAAUGAUUGGACAACAUACCCGGAUAUGAAGGUCCUAAUUGACACCGUCCUACAAGCUUUUCGGGCCCAACGAGUUAUCCAAACCUCAAGGAGGGAGAUGAACGAUACCAAUGGCAUUUUGAAUUCUCUUCCAAUUCUUGACGAAAAAAAUUGGAAUCGGCGGAGUAAGCAAAUGAAGUAUUUGUUCGGUUUUCAUGAAAUCCUAGAAGUGGUCAACAACGACAUCCCUGAGCUUACUGACAAUGCAACUGGUGCUCAGAGAGUCAUUCACAAGGAUGCAAAGAAGAAAGAUUAUAAGGUUGCAUAUUGUAUUUAA